AGUUUUAAAAUUAUUACUUAUUCGUUCACAAAAGCCAUCUACAUAUUAUACACAAAUUGCUCAAAAGGUCAUGUAAAUUAUUUAUGGAAUCAUCAAACGCGUUUUUCCUGCUCAAAAGUCAUUAAAUGGUUCGAAUUCCAACAAUAUUCAAUAGUAUGUUGUAAUAUUUAUCGAAACGGAUGAAUUCCAUUGGAAAAUUUGUAUUUAAAUCAUUAUGAGUGAAGUUCAUACAUACAAUUGUUUUGGUUCGUUCAUGUGAUAUGAGGAUUUCGUGAUUCCAAGAGCCAUAAAGCGGUAAUCAUCUAUCAUGGCAAGUCCAUCUCCCUCUGAGAGACGUCUGCAAAAAGAAUUAUCAGCUUUGAUGAAAGAUCCUCCACCGGGAGUUUCGGUCGAUGCUAAUGCUAUUUAUCAGAAUUUAAGCUUAUGGAACGUUCACAUGAAAGGAGCCGAUGGCACUCUGUAUCAAGGUGAAGAUUUUCAAUUACAGUUCCGAUUUAGUUCCAAGUAUCCAUUCGAUUCGCCGGAGGUCAUGUUUGUAGGAGAUAAUAUACCGGUACAUCCGCAUGUGUACAGUAAUGGUCAUAUUUGUUUAUCAAUUUUAACGGACGAUUGGUCGCCAGCUUUGUCUGUGCAGUCUGUAUGUCUUUCAAUUAUUUCAAUGCUCAGCAGUUGUAAAGAAAAGAAAAGACCUCCCGAUAAUUCGUUUUACGUGAAAACUUGUAAUAAAAAUCCCAAGAAAACCAAAUGGUGGUAUCAUGACGAUUCGGUGUGAAAUUUACCCAACAAGUAAUGUCAAAAUCGCAACUAAAAUCUGUGAUGAAGCUUACUGCUAAAAAAAGUUACGUUCUUUGUUUUUACGCAAGUCACCUAAUGUUUAGAUUUUACUUGUGCAUUACUAUUUUUUGAUGUCGUUAGUAAGGGUGUUUGAUAAAAAGAAACUGUUAAUUUUACACCGUACGUAUGUAUUUCUAAUUCACCGAUCUCUGUUUUCGUGACAGUUACGCGUUUUGAUUUGACAUACAGAAAUCAUUUUAAUCAAAACGAUAAUAUUGUAUUUUAACGCUUUAUUAUGGAUAUACCAUAGAUUUGCUUGACGUGUGAUUCAAAGCAAGAGAAUCUAUACAUCUUUUUCUUCAUGUUUUCGUUUACAAUACUGUUGUCCAUUGUAAAUACAUUUACUUUUCAUCGUGAUAAUUUAUUUAUGGAAUUACAAUAUUUAGUCGAUGUUAUUUUAACAACUACCUAUUUAUUCUCGGUUGUGUUUCGUUUCUAAUUUUUUUUCAGCUACCGUUACUUCUGUGCUUUAUCUGUGUUGCGUAGGAUUUUUUUUUUUCAUACUCAAUGAAGAGACUCACUCGUAGAGUUAUCUAUAUUGUUCAAGUAUUACUAUUUGUGAGGUAACUAGAACUAUUAUGCUUUAGCUUACGCCCAGCUUUAGCUUCUUGUUAUUCUCUCUUCAACAGUCAUAUUACAAAAAGAAUUGUUUUUAUUUCGACUUUUUUUAUGUACAAUAUUUUUAGAAGUUAUCUUUUCAUCAUUCGUUGAAACACGAAAAAUUCGUUGUAUCGAUCGUUUGUUAUAAGUGUUUAUACGAAGUGGAAUGUUUCCAUUAAUAAUUCUCUAAUAUGGCAUUCUUAAAAUACGUAGAUUAUUUCGUUGUUGGCCUUUACGAUAUUUUUUUUAUUCUAAGAGUAAAAAAAUUCCUAGUUUAUUACGGUAGUUUUUGGUUAUGUGUGUGUGUAUGUUACUGAACGUCGAAUACAUAUACCAGUAGCUUUUAUACAACUUAUGUAUUAUUAUAUAAUGUACGACUAUGUGCGAAAAGUUUACAGUUAAAUGUACCUAUCUUACAAACA